AUGGACGCAAAGCCUGCCGCUCCAGAGGCAAGCAAGAAGGACGAUGUCGAGGUCAAGGCAACGGGUGCGAAUGCCGCGGCAGCUGAGGCCCCAAAGCCGGCUACAGCAGCCGAAGACGUGCCUGAUCCGGAUGAGGAUGACCUAGACGACUUGGAUGAUAUGCUAGAUGAAUUUUCAACCGUCAAACUUGAGAAUGGAACCAACAAGCCCACUGAGUCUGGCAGUGCCGGCGCUUCAACCUCAACACCCAAGCCAGGUGACGCCACAUCCACCAAGGAGCCGCCAGCUGCUGGGGAGGAGCCAUUUUCAGAAGAAGACUUUGCCAAGCAGCUUCAAGCCGGCAUGGCUGACUUGCUGGGCGAACUGGAGCAAUCGCCCGAGAUGCAGCAGCAGUUUGAGGACAUGUUCAAGCAAAUGGCUGCUGCCUCGGGGGAUGGAGCACCCGGAACAGCGACAGAGGGUUCCUCUUCCGCCAAAGCCGGACCUCCAGGCGCUGCCGCCGAAGCAUCCUUCCAAGAGACGAUCCGCCGGACCAUGGAACGAAUGCAGGCGUCUGGGGAUCAGGCUACGGCCGCCGCAGCUACUAGCGGCGGUGACGAUUUCAUGUCGGAGCUGCUGAAGCAAAUGUCCUCUGGCGAUUUCAGUGGUGAGGGCAGCGAGGAAGAAUUCUCCAAGAUGCUCAUGGGCAUGAUGGAGCAGCUUACAAACAAGGACAUCUUGUACGAACCCAUGAAGGAGCUCGAUGACAAAUUCCCGGAGUGGUUCGAAAAGAACAAGGCUUCAACCGCCGCAGAAGAUCUCAAAAGGUAUGAAGAGCAAAGGGUUCUCGUGAGAGAGAUCGUAGCCAAGUUUGAAGAGAGCACCUACUCCGACGGCAACGCCUCCGACCGCGAGUAUAUCGUCGACAGAAUGCAGAAGAUGCAAGCCGCUGGCUCACCGCCGUCGGACUUGGUGGGAGACAUGGCAUCAGCACAAGAGGCAUUCGGUGGAGCGGAUGAUCAAUGCAACCCGCAAUAG